AUGUCACAGAGCCAGCGAUCAUUGACAGCUCCGAACAUCAAUGCUAAGGCUCAUAACGAGCUGGACCUACUCGGAGUUUCUGAGCGCAAGAACGCAAAAUCUCGGCGCUCCGUCGCGGUCCUACCGAGCGAGAACGAGUAUUACUUCUUCAUGGAACCGGGUGGAAGGCCAAUGAAUGAGCCAGUACACGAGAUGGUGGAUAUGAUGGAGGACGAUAUGGACGGUGUGCAACGAGCCACAUCCCGCGUGCAAGAGCUAAACGAGCUCAUCAAGCGCGUGCUCAAGUUUCGCAAAUACAACAGAGAAUGA